UUCGGCUUCCGUCGGAAGUGUUCGGGUGUUGUCGGAAUCAACCGGUGUGUCAGAGGGCAGAACGAGCGCUGCGGCUCUCAGCGCUCGAGAAAAGCGCCAUUCAUCUGCGAGGAUCGCGGACACACCUGGUCGGACCGAAGACAGCAGUUUAGCGACUGACAGGGCUCCACACAGCACCCGGUUAAUCACUUGAGGAAUGCGGUGCUAUUAGGACGACGGGAGCCGAGAGCCGAAACUUCAAAACAACUUUUAAGUUAUUUUUAACCAACUUAACAAAAAGGGAUCAUGGCCACAGGCGGAUUUAAGUCAAAUGCCACGACAGACUUUUUGGAGGAGUGGAAGGCAAAACGUGAGAAAAUGAGAGCCAAAAUGCUGGGGGACAUAGCCGCAGCGACUGGUGCUCCCUUAGGUGCCAACAACCCAAACAGCACCAGCAAAAACAACAACAACAGUAACCGCCAUAACGCCCCACCGGGCACCGAGCUCACCAAUAACGGUAACCCUGACCGAAGCACCGCCGCAGGGAACUGCCUCCCCUCCUCCUACUCGGUGGCUCGGUCCUCCUCCGGCACGGCUUUAAAGCGACCCGAGGAGGAAACGCAGCACCCUGCCCUCCCUGCUUCCCCCACAGCCUCACCGCCGGGGAGCAACCUGAAGAAGGCCCCGCCUCAGACAGAGAAGCCUCAGUGCGCUUCUCCGGACUCCAGCCCCAUGGCUUGCAAUGACAGUGACAAGGGAAGCCCAUCACCCAGUAAGGUCAAGGAGAAGAAUAGCACUGGUCCCAGUGCUAGGAAGGGGAAAGGGCAAAUUGAGAAGAGGAAGUUGAGGGAAAAGAGGCGAUCAACAGGUGUUGUCAGCAUACCAUCCAACGAGAGCCUGGAUGAGCUGGACGAUGACGACACAGGCGAGAAGAACAGAAGGGAGGAGGAGGAGCUGGUUCAGGCCAACACUUUCCAGAACGAGUCCAUGAUAGCUGAACCUGCCACCGGCCACUUAAUGGAAACCCCCAGAUCUGGGAGCGGGCGCCACAAGAGCUUUGCAGGGCCGGGAUCUGAGGAAGAGCUGGGUGGUAACAGCAGACAACGACACAACCGUCACGGCAGAGAUGGAGGAGCUGCAGCACCACCAGGGAGCUUGGAGAAAAGAAUGGAGGAGCUGGAGAAGGAGCUGGCCAGAGAGCGUCAGGAGAACGACAGGUUGCUGAAGGCCCACCAGGACAAAGACGACCUCAUCGGGAAGCUGAGGGAGGAAAUUGACUUGCUGAACAGAGCAGCCUGGCUGGAGGGGGAAACCUGGCAGCAAGUAAUGCUCGCUUUAACUCUCCAACUAACACUCCAACCUGACUGGGCCCUCAAAGGACCUGGAUGACAUUGAAGAUGAGAAUGAGCAACUCAAACAGGAGAACAAGACUCUGCUGAAAGUGGUGGGCCAGCUGACGAGGUAGAACCCGACAAAAACAACCCAGCCUCCUCCCCGAUGAAUGAAGCAUUUCUGUUCUCUCCUUUCUCCUGACCUCCUGCCCUGGGUCAAGUCCAGCAGCAUGGCAUUUAAUCUGUUUGAUUCUGUCUCUUUGUGUGUUAAAGGUGAAACUGUAAAGUAGUUGACUUCAGAGCCUCACAGCCUUAAAAACAUCCCCCAGAGGAGGAUUUAUUCCAUUGUUGUGAAAGCUGAGCAAACUAGUAGGGGCUCAACAUUCUCAAGUCCUGACAGUCUCAUGGGGUAUUGUCCCACAUCAUAUACAUAUUUAAUGUAAAUGUAUUGUAUAUAGGCCAUUUAGAUUGUUCAUUUUUGAGGGAUUUUUGAUAAGGUCUUAAACGGCAAAAGUAAAAUGAAUGUAUGUGCUGCACAAAAUAGUGCACACAGAAUCUUUUAAAACUUGUAUAGAGGUUAAAAAAGAAACUUUGUGCACCCAGCAGCAGUCACCUAGGUAAAUUUAAAAAGAGAUCUCCAGUUGCAAUGUUUAAAUUGUGUCAGAGUGCAGGUUCAUUAGUGAACUAUGGAACGAUGGAGCUUCUGUCGAGGAACUCUUGGACCAAAUUCAACAUAAUUAUUGCUACAUUACCAUCAGCCAAAGUGGGCAUAGUGCCUUGCAAUACAUGUGAGGUUUUUUAUGUCAAUUCUUUGAAAAAAUGUACAGUUAAAGCCUGGUGCUUUAUUACUGAACAUUAGUGCCAGAUUUACUUCCUUCCAAUAAUGUAUUUUUACAUCUAAAUCCCAAUAGGGCAUCUACAAACCUCAAUGAAGAAAAUUGUAUUUUAAAUAGGGCUUUACAUAACAAUUCAAUUAUUCGACUAUUCGUUCCUUUUUUGUCAGGUAUUCAGCAUCAAGCAACACUUUGUUGAAAUGACAGAUGUUUGAAUGAGGUUCAGCUGGAUGUUUAGGGUGACAAAGAUGUUCAAGUAAUAAAGUAAACAAGCCAAGUUAGCCCUCCGAGCUAAUGCGUGCUAAUGCUGCGUUCCAUUAACCUCGGAGGUCAGAACUGGGAAUGAUGUCACACCAGAAUUGGCCGCGUUCCAGUUUCAAGUCGGAAAAA